GGUCGGCUAUUCUCCUAUCAUGAUGUCACUGGAGAACACUUGGCGGUAACUGUCGCAGACCAUAAGCACACGCAGCGCCAGCGUCCAACCUACAACGUGCGAGUGAAAGGUGUCAUUAUGCAUCCCUCCUUCAUUCACCACACUUCAAAGGCUGGCUAUGACAUCGCACUCCUGCAACUGAACCGUGAAGUCAAACGAAUGCAUAGAACCCUUGACUUUAAUCGUCACCGGCAGAAGAAGAAGAAGAGCAGUGGCUAUUUUUCUGCCAACUUCGAAAUGAUGUGUCUUACCGCUAGCCUCCUCUAA